CGUGCCGUUGACGAUCGAGCGGCGGGGUCGCGCGGAACUAACCUGUCUCCGUCUCGUAGGUUAUGCCGGUUCUGUGCCGCCGCGCGCACGCACACGCACGGCACCGCGGACGGAGAGGAUGGACGAGGCAGUCACCACGCCGCCUACAUUCAAACGGAGUUUCUGCGAGCGGAUCUACUGCGUGGAGCUCUCGCCGUACGAGUGGUCGCAGCACCUCGUCUGCGUCGCCCUCGCCAACACGAUCGUCGUCGGCACCGUCAGAUUUCAGGAUGAGGACGACGCAGUGGAAGACGUGGCGUACAAUCCGGUCAGGACGUUUAACCACGACGCCAGGCCCCACACGAUCGCCUGGAGUCCAGAGACCUCCCUGAGCAUCGUCCCCAAGAUCCUGACGUUCUGCGUCGCCGGGUCGGAUUUCAAGAUAAGAUUGUACAACAGCAAUCUGAACGACGUUGACAAGUACGAGAUUUUAGACGACCACAAGGAUUACAUAAACGCCAUCUCCUACGAACUGGAGGGUGAGCUGCUAGCGUCGGUCUCCGACGAUCAUACGUGCAAGCUGUGGGCGGUCAAGGAGAGCCAAAAGUGCGUGUCCACAUUUUACUUGACGUCACCUGGUAUGAGCGUGUGCUGGCACGGCGAGGAGUCCGGCAAGCUGCUAGUAGCGGAGAAGAACGGCUUGAUACGCAUGUACAACGUCAGGAGCCAACAAGCGAUCAUGUCCCUCGACUCCGGGGCCGUUCCGCUGACCGCGGCCGACUGGGGGCCCAAUCCCCUGAAAGUCGUGUCGAUGGCCGCGGGAGAAUUGCUGCUCUGGGACGUCUCCAGACCGAGCCGUCCCCUUGACGAGCGAAUGCUUCACACGGAAGGCGGUCUGACGGUAAGAGUGUCACACGCGAAUGAAAACCUGGUAUCGAGCAUCGGAUGGCCGGACAACUUGCUGAAGGUCGUCAAUUUGAGAUCGAAAGUAGUGGUACUGUGUGGAAAGGUGAAAUUAAUCGGCGGUAUGACGUGGCACUAUAAGUUGCCCUACGUUUGUGCUGCAAGUGAUAGAGAGCUAUGUUUCUGGAGAAUAAAUAUAAAUUAGGAUACACC